UUAAAAAAUAAGAAACAGUUGGAGAUUAAGUUGAAAAUAUAGCAAAUAUAAUUUAUUCUAUAGACUACGCUUACCUAAUAAUUAGAAAAAAUAACAGUAGUCAUUUUAAAUUACAGAAUCUCUGCUUUAAGAAUCUUUUUAAGUGGAAUUAGGUACAUGUAUCCAUUUAGUAAUCAAUUCAAACAUUUUUACAAGCACUUUUCUUGCAAUUAACAAAGUGGUUUGUUAAAAAAUAAUUAAGAAUAACAAGUUCAUUAAAUUUCUGAAAUAGACAUACUAUCAAACAGUUGUCUCCAAAAAACCAAACCAUCUCUGUAGCGUAUUACGUAAAUAGCUAGUUAAAAAUAAAGAAAAACGUCACAGUCAAAUUCUACCUAACAGAAAAUUACUUACGUAAUUCAAUUUACAUCUAUUAAGAUAACGACAAAAAUCUUUGUUUUGUAUGCAAGUCCCAUUUAUGAUGGCAAUUACUACCACCGUAGAUAUACUGGAAAAAUACAAUGAAUAAAUCUUUAAUGAUGAAUAAAGGAGAAGUAACUUCCACAAUAAUUAAACGUACCCCAUCAUCAUUAGUUAUCGAUUAUCAUAUACAUCUAUUAUUUAAUAUUCGUGUCAUUUUCAAAGUAAAAAUUAAUAUUCCGCAACGAUUACGAAGCAAGUUCAAAUUUAAAAUAUGCAUACAUGCAAGUAACUGCAAAUCGCACGCCUCAUUAUAGUUUAUAGUCAAUGUCGAGAGAAUUCAAGGCAAUCUUCAACUUAUCGGACUUUGUAUAUACCUAUGUGAAUACUCACACACUUAGAAGCAUUAAGUAGUGGGUACCUAUAAUACCAACCGAUACCUAUAACCGAGAAUGCACUAACGCCACGUGUUUGUAUAAAGGAUCGGAGUCAAACACUCAAACAAACAUAACAUACAAGUGUAUUGGCGAAGGUAGAUCAGUGUGUAGUAAAUAGUAGCCCACUUUGUCAAGUAUAUAAAUGCAAGAUAAAAGUGUAAGUGGUGUGUUGAAACCUACAUAAUUGUUAGUAUCUGCGGUCUAUCCGAUUGAAUGGGAAAUUAAUAGCGAUCUCAUCAUGCCGAAAAUAGAAAGUAGUGAAAUUUAUCUGGCGAAAGCGAAAUACGAUGCGUACAGUAACAGAAAAUAUCCCUUUCUUGAUAAUAGUAAUGCUAAGGUUGCUGUGAUCGAUAUGGAGUCAGAAAUUAAAUCAAGAAACACCGGUACAAACAUCCAUGAAAUGGUCCAGAAAAGCCGACAGUAUUUUAAUACCGGCGCAACUAAACACGUUCAAUUCAGAAAACAACAGUUGCAAGCCUUAAACCGCAUGCUGGACGAAAAUUCGAAAGACUUGGAAAUCGCUCUCGCUAAAGAUUUAAAUAAAAGUCCAAUGGAAUCUCAGAUUACAGAAAUCGAAUUUCUAAAAAACGACAUUCGAAGCAUAAUAAGUCAUGUCUCAGAAUGGUCCAAACCUAUAUUUGUUCCCAAACCACUUAUAAACGCAUUCGAUAAGCUCUUUAUAUACCGCGAGCCUUACGGUCUCGUUCUUGUAAUGGGAGCGUGGAACUAUCCUAUACAAUUGACACUAGCACCUCUUGUGGGAGCCAUUGCAGCAGGAAACUGCGCCAUUAUAAAACCAUCUGAACAUUCGCCGUCAUGUGCACAAAUUAUAGCAAGAUUAAUUCCAAAAUACCUGGACAACAACGCCUUCAAAGUAUUCCUGGGAGGUGUCCCUGAAACUACAGAUUUAUUGAAAGAACGUUUCGAUUAUAUAUUUUACACGGGUUCAACCACUAUAGGAAGGAUUGUUCAAGAGGCAGCUGCAAAGCAUCUUACACCGGUUACCUUGGAAUUGGGUGGCAAGAGUCCCGCUUUUGUAGAUUCAACAGCUGACAUUAACAUAGCAGUCAAACGAAUACUGUGGGGUAAACUUAUUAACGCAGGACAAACGUGCGUGGCCCCUGAUUACAUACUAUGCUCUAAAGAAACGGAGAAACGUCUCAUACAAUCUGCAGAAGAAGUAGUACGCACUUGGUACGGCGAAGACGCGAAAAAAUCUCCAGACUAUGGACGAAUUAUUUCAAAUAGGCACUUUGAGAGACUGCAAACUUUCCUAAACGACAAAACUAAAAUCGCCCUAGGAGGAAAAUUCGAUGAGAACGAAAAAUUCAUUGAGCCAACAGUUUUGGUCAACGUUCAUCCAAAUGAUCCAAUAAUGCAAGAAGAAAUAUUCGGGCCAAUCCUACCCAUAUUAACAGUAAAUGACGUAUCCGAAGCAGUUAAUUUUAUAAAUUCACGUGAACGUCCCCUUGCCCUUUAUAUAUUCACAAAAAACAAGAAAGUAAAAGAUUCGAUACUGAAAGAAACCUCGAGCGGUGGAGUUGCGAUAAACGACACUGUUAUGCAUACCAUAGUUGACACGUUACCAUUCGGUGGCAUAGGAUAUAGCGGGAUGGGUGCCUAUCACGGAAAAGCCAGCUUCGAUACAUUCACGCACAACAAGAGCGUACUUGAAAAGGACUUCAAUAUUAUUUUCGAAAAAAUGGCAGAACCCAAAUACCCUCCCUAUAAUAAAACUAAACAAAAGUAUAUAAUGUUUUUGACCACUCACAGAGGUCAUCUCUCAUUUAGUUUCCUUUGGUACGUCAUUUGUUUUAUUUUGGGUAUAGGAGCUGCUGUAUUAUUUAUUCGUUUUUUCGCAUAAAAUUAUUUACAAGGUAAAUUGUUAUCACUUUUUUUAAUAUAAAACACAACACAGUACUAUAAAGAUCUACAUAAAGACAUAUGUAAAUAAUAUAAGUACACGUCACAGCCAUUACGAAUAAUUGUAUUAACCGCCUAAGCGGAAUUAAAGGCAAUAUUGGUUACAAUACCAUCUAACUAAGCAUUGGGCACAUACUUAGUUACAUAUUACAUUUUGCGUUAAAGUAGCUAACGUUUAGUUGUUGUUAGAGGAAAUUUAUGAGUACGCUAUUAAAAACCACUUUUGAAAUUAACACUGAUUUCAGGAACGCUUACAUAAAAGUAAUAGUUAAUUCAAAUUGCCUUCGGCAUUUUCUUCUCUAUGCAUGUAUUAAUUUUAUAUGAAUAAAGAUAUAACAGGAAAAAAUAUGUGAUUGUUUACACCUUUAAGAAAAUUUUA